AGCAACUUUAGAACAAGGUUACAGUGAAAGAACUGAGCAAAGAGGAGACCCUGGUACAACUCUAACAUGAUGCAUCAGUGGGGAUAUGAAGAUCACAAUGGUCCAGACGUGUGGCAGGACCUGUUCCCACUUGCCAACGGCGAUCGCCAAUCUCCGAUCAAUAUAAUAACAAAAGAUGCCCUCUAUGACCCCUCACUGCAGCCCCUCCUGGUUGAUUAUGAUCCUCACUCUGCUAAGGUUAUCAGUAACAGCGGCCAUACAGUCGCCGUGGAGUUUGAUGAUGGGGAUGAUAGCUCAGUGGUCAGGGGAGGCCCACUCAUGGGAAACUACAGACUACGUCAGUUACAUUUUCACUGGGGGCCCAGCGAUGACCAUGGCUCUGAACACAAGGUGGAUGGCGUGGACUAUGCAGCUGAGCUGCAUAUUGUCCACUGGAAUUCAGAAAAGUUCUCCAGUUUUGUUAAGGCAGCUUGUGCACCAGAUGGACUAGCGGUACUGGGGGUGUUUCUAAAGGUUGGUGAGCCGAACAGAUACAUUGAGAAGAUAACAGAUACUUUCGGCGCCAUCAGAUCUAAGGGUAAACAGUCUCCAUUUACAAACUUUGACCCAUCGUGCCUUCUCCCUGCCUCCAUGGAUUUUUGGACCUACCCAGGAUCUCUAACUGUUCCACCACUUCUAGAGAGUGUCGUAUGGACUGUUCUGAAAGACCCAAUAUCUAUUAGUUGUGAACAGCUGGCCAUGUUCCGCAGCCUCUUGUCAACCAAAGAGACAGCAGGAAUAGAAUCGUGCUGCAUGACAACCAACCAUCGCCCAGUUCAGCCACUCAAGAACCGGAAAGUCAGGGCAUCGUUCCUUUAGAUCACUUCAAGUGCUUUGCUGAAGUGUUUAUGCUUGUUGUAGGUGUCUUUAGCUUCAAGUACAAUAUAUGACGUAAAGUAUGGACACAUUUUUUAAUGACAGAUUGGCUAUUUAAACCACAGCUGUCAUUGCAGAUACAGGAGCCACAACAUCGUACAAAGACAUUCUUGAUAAUUCAGUGCUUCCAUCUUUGUUGACAAGAGUUUAAUGAAGGCAAUCUUCUAUUUCAGCACAAUAAUCCCCCCAUGCACAAAGUAAGGUCUGUACAGAAUGGAUUUGUUGAGAUGGAAGAACAUAGCUCGUCUAACCUCAGCACAUGGAACACCUUUUGGAUGAACUAAAACUCAGAUAUGAGUCAGGUCUGAUCGCCAACAUCAAUAGAUUUGGAAACAAAUUCCACCACCAAAAUUACAAAAUCUAGUGGAAAGUAGAGAGUAUAAACUGUUCUGGCAACAGAGAGGGUACUAACUUCAUAUUUAGAUGCUUGGUAUAAGAAUGAGAUGUUGGACAGACAGUUGUUGAAGGGGCAAAUGUACAAAAUUGCGCCAGCGACGGCUUAGCUGACAUCGCAACACUUCGCCAGGACAACAUUUAUUAAUGAAAAUCCGAAGUUGCGUCCAGGGCGAAGUUGUGCUAGCGUUACUGCGGCAAGCAAAGCGAAGUUACGAUAGCAUUGGCUAAUUUGCAUACGGUGGGACGUUAAAGUUCAAUGGACAUAUAUGUUGCAGCCAAUACAUUACACUACACAAGCCCAGGGAACCUUAAUAAAAUAAACUAGAGUUGUUAUAUUGCCCUACACAUGAUCCCAUGUGCCAUAUUUUAGGAAAUGUAGGGGGGAAGCCGGAUACCCCAAAAAAAAUUACGAUCUUUUGUAGCCUAUCACCCUGAGCUGGCGAAGGCAAGUCUGGCGCAAGAGGUAACGUCCAGUCAAAUUUCAAUCUUAGUGAAUUAGCAAACUUACGUUUGUUCGCCAGAGCGCAACGUCGCCUGGCGUUAGGGUGCGAAGUGCCGCUAGAGUCUAUCUCCUUCGCUAGUGAAGUUACGCCAGCGCCCGUUAGUAAAUCGGCGAAGUUCCGAAAUGACGUUACGCUGGCAAAUCUUUGCCACCGUUAGCCCUUUAGUAAAUUUCCCACCCGAAUAUAUUUGGCCAUAUAGUGUAUAUGUAAUUAGUUUGAAAACAUUUUCUGCAGUAUUACUUAAAACAUUUAACUGGUACUCUAUUAAGACAACCCAGAGGCCAAUAACCCUUUUGCGCACUAACUCAUCUAGCUACCUAGACUUGGAUGGGAUAAAUGGAAUGUGUUGCAUUAGAGGCUCAUUUUGCAUAACCCCAGUUAUAACAUGUUUAUAUCUUGUUACUUUUGUUAUAGUUAUUUUAGUAUUUUUUCAACCUAAUGAUUUUAAAAUACUAAAAUUAUCCACUUCUAAUUGGUUCAACAGAGGUGGUGAUUUUCCUUCAUCUUCCACUUUCACAAUAUGUAAAAUUCCCUAUGUGGCCUUGUGUAUUGAGAGGCCUUGUUGGUCAAUGCCACAUUCCAUUGUUUGAGAGGUAAUGACCAGAAGGUAUAUAGGUAUAUACGUAGUACUACGUACAUAGUCAUCUUGGUCAGGAACGUUUAGAGCUUUUUAUCCUUUUUGAUAAUUGUAUAUUUUUUCUAAUGUAUCAGCUCUGCGUAUUCUUUUAUACUGGUGCAGAUAUGGCCAAAUAAACAUUGAUUUUAAUAUAUGUGUGAAACAAAACUUCUCUUUUUGCUUGUUUAAGACCUUUGGCCAGUGCUUGCUUGUACUGUAUCAGUCAUAACAGCUAUUCAAAAUACUUAUAUAAGUCAACCACUUUGCAACAUAGGCUGCUUAUUUAUUGCAUUUUCAGUUCUGUGUAGGUGUUGUUCACCUGUUUCUGUCCGUAAAACCUAUUUGCCAAGCUCCAAAUUAUUAUUUUAUGAUAUUUUAUUAUCCAAUAAUACAGAUUUCUAAAAAUGAUUUCCUUGUAUUCUGUAAUAAUAAAACAGUAGCUUGUACUUGAUCCAAA